CUCCAUCAUUUCUGCAAAAACAUCGGAGCGUUGGUGGGGAAUCGAGAUAGAGAGAGAAAAGUUGUCCCGAUUUUAGUGAGAGAGAAAGUUUGUGAGAAAUAAAGGAAGGCAUAAUUUGUGUAUUGUUGAUUUUUUAGUUGAAGGAAUAAUCCGCUCCCGCGCUCUCCCGUUGCCGUUUCUUCUCCCUGAACGCUCGCCAGUGUUCAGAGUCUCUCUCUCUCUUCAACGUGAUAAUUCAAAUUUGGAGACUUUUAAGCGGAGGAGCAAGCGAGAGCUUUAUUUCGACAGUCUACGGAGAUUAGCACACAUUUCUUGUUCUUGAUUCUCACCGCCUCUUUUCUGAAACCAUUGAAAUGUGAUGUCUAAUCUCCAAAGCAGACAAAUCCUAUAGAGAGAAUUUUAAAAAGCAAGUAGCCCUUUAGCAUGCACAGUAGUGGUUAUUCGAGGACUCCCCGAAGAUGGCUGCAGCUGUUAAUCAACUUCAUGGAUUCAAGCCAUUAGCCUACCCUCCGCGAUGCCAUCCUCUGUCCGUCUCUCACCUUGACUGCAAAAUGCUCGAGUUGAGUCAAUCCAAGUUCAACAUCACUUGCAUCCACAGGAGCUCCUCCACGCCAUGCCUCUCGUACAAUUCCUCCAAAGCAGAGGAUGAUUUUGAUUUCCCGCAGACUCCAAGGAUUGAGAUCAUUGUGGGGCACACCCUGCCCCAGGUGCACGCCCUCGUUGUUGAGGUUGCUGGGGCAAUGGCCACCUCCGGUGUUGAUCUUGAACGAGCUCCAAGUGGCCUUGGUGGCGCCUACUUCUUACAUGCUCGGACUGGUGGCACUAUAGCUGUUGCAAAGCCGGUUGACGAGGAGCCUCUAGCGAUCAACAAUCCCAAGGGCUUUGGUGGACGGAUGUUAGGGCAACCGGGGAUGAAAAGCUCCAUCAGGAUUGGCGAGACUGGUGCUCGUGAAUCUGCUGCUUAUCUCCUCGACCAUGGUGGCUUCUCUGGUGUACCUCCAACCGCAUUGGUUAAACUUUCGCAUUUCAACUUCGAUCUACUCAAGUCUGGUUCAGGUUCUGAUUCAAACCCGAGUUACAAGAUUGCAUCCCUCCAACGCUUUGUGAAUCAUGACUCUGACGCGGGAGAUUUGGGCCCUUCCAGCUUCUCGGUCACGAGUGUGCAUCACAUCGGCAUACUGGAUGUAAGGCUGAUGAAUCUGGACAGGCACGCAGGGAACCUUCUUGUGAGGCAAGAAAACGAGAGUUAUGGCCGAGGAAAAGCUGAGCUUGUUCCUAUAGAUCACGGCUUUUGCUUGCCCGAGUGCCUUGACAACCCUUAUUUUGAGUGGCAGCACUGGCCUCAGGCCUCCCUGCCUUUCUCAGCGGCCGAAUCUGAUUACAUCUCCAGCCUCGACCCGUUCAAAGACGCGGAGCUUCUAAGGACCCAUAUCCCAUCAAUUAGGGAGUCCUCCAUUCGGGUUCUUGUCCUCUGCACAAUAUUCUUGAAGCAUGCAGCGGCCUACGGUUUAUGCCUUGUCGACAUAGGUGAGAUGAUGACCCGAGAAUUCCUUGGUGGGAAAGAACACUGCAGCUCUUUGGAGAACUUAUGUGAAACUGCUAGGGCUAGCUUGAACAUGGGACUCAAUGACAACGAUGAUCACAUUGCGGAAACUGAUGAAAUGCUUGUACCUCGUGUUUUCAAGAACAAGAACCACCACAAAGCAGGUGGUUUGAUUAGGAGUGUGAGCUCCCCUGCACCAUACAACCCCAACAGUCAGAGCAUUUCUUUCGGGGACAUGGGCAAUGAGGAGUGGCAUUCAUUCCUGGAGACGUUCCAACAGCUUCUGCCCGAGGCCUUUGAAGAGAGAACAUCCUUGGGUUUGGCCAAACACAGAUUAAGAACUUCUUGUGCCUUUUAAGAAUGUAAAACAAGUAUAAAAAAGAUAGUGUAUAAAACUGCCCGCGCCCACCUGUAAGUAGUGUAGGAUAACUGUGGAAACGGCCUACUAACACCGUAGAUGACAUUGCAUAAAAUGUAGAUAACAAAAAUUGGUAGUGUUUUCGAGGGAAACGGUAUAGGGCAAGAUUGCCAUCUUUCUCUUAGAGCUUAUGUUUAGCAGUUUGUUUCCUUCCUUGUUUCCGUUGCGUUUGUUGUUCUCAUCAUUAUCGUAUUGAUCGACCAUCAACUGUGUUUAGUAUAAUAAGUCAGUUAGAUCAAUGUUCAGACA